CCGCCCCUCUCGAUAACUUCCGCGUCAACUACAUUUCUACUUUACUGUUGUUUUGACUUUAUGCUUUUGAAGAAAUGGUUCAGAAGACCGACGUGACUCUGGAAAUGUAGCUACAUUUUGCCUUGAUAUUUAAGUCUAUUGGAUUCAUAAGGACCUGGAUCAUAAAAUACAUCUGGAAACCUUGAAGAUUAAAAGUCUGAAUGAUGAGUACCCAGUCUGUCCCAUUUGAGGAGGUGCGGAGGAGAGCUGAGUCCCUCCUAUCCUCUUCAGGCUCUGCCCAGGUGGUAGAGGAUGAUGUCCAGGUCAUGGCUAACAUCCCCCUGUCCCUGUCUGACAAGUUUCACCACAUCACAGCGCAGACCAUGGUGACAGAGAACAUCACAGGGCACAGAAGGCAAGAGGUGAGGCAUGUUUUGACAUUCAACUGUAUUCCUCGUUUCACAUUAUGUGCCUCCUUACCGUCUUCACAUAGCGAUGCUCUCUUUCUCCCUGUCUGCACUUCUGCUCCCCUCCCUCCACAGGUCCUAGAGUCUUUGGGUCGGCUAAUUAAAGCCUUGAGUAUCCUGGAGAAGUAUGGCUGUAACCUGACCAGCCCCAGCAGGCCCAGGUACUGGCGGAGCGUCAAACACAACAACCCCGUUUUCAGGACCACCGUGGACGAAAUCAAGGGUGGCAAGUCAGUCCUAUUUCUUUACGGUUACACCAAUCAGCAGCCAGACGGGCUCAGCUUCCCUGAUGAUGUCACACAUCCAGACGUUGAGAAGGUUGCUGCGGUGACCAUUGAGGUCAUGAUCCUGCGCAUGGAAAUGGACAUGCUCAUCAAGGGUACACAUGCUCACCCAGAAAUGUACAGCAAUAUCCUCCCAUCCCCUGAUCUACAGAAGAUAACCCAGGAUGAACCAGAGAUGAUGUCUGAUGUGGUGGUCAUUCCACUAGGAGAGGAGCACGGGGACAGGGGGAAAGACCUUCAGCCGCUAUCUCCUCCACCCAAACAUGCUACCAGUUCUGGACUAAGACAUGUCCCCACCACUCCUACUGAUGGGAUGUGUGAUUUGUGCGGUGCCACUCCCUCUCUCCUCUGCCCGGCCUGUGGUUAUCUUCCUUUCUGUCAGUCAUGUGACCUCCUCUACCACCACCACCCGUCCAGAGCCAAUCACAGGAGAGAUAGAAUACAGGAGACCUGUAUCCUCUGUGGUGUGUCCCAAGUCUCUGCCCAUUGCUCCACCUGUUCUCAGAGGCUGUGUUUGGAGUGUGACAGACUGUACCAUUCUCACCCUGACCGCGGGGGUCACAACAGGACAGUGGUUGCCAAACCAAAAAGAGCUUUAAGCCACUCUUUUUCCUUGUGGGAGUGUGCUCAGUGCACUACAGUCAACGAGGUGAAGGCCGUGCUGUGUGUGACCUGUGAACGACCCCGACUUGCCCUCGCUUCCCUUAUAGUUCAGGAGGACCCUGUGCAACCGCCAUCCAGCGCAGAAUGGCAGUGUAAGAGCUGUACUGUCGUGAACCAGGGCAGCAGUAUACUGUGUGAGGUGUGUGAGCGCCCCCGUCUGGCCACCCGUCCCUCUAUCACGCCAGUACUCCCCAGUACUCCAGUACUCCCCAGUACUCCAGUACUCUCCAUGCAAGGACCCACGUCAGAUAACGAAACAGAGUGGAUGUGUCAGUUCUGCACCUAUGUGAACUCUCAGCCUGUAGUGGUUUGUGAGAUGUGCAACUUGCCGUGUAAAGAUCCUGCAGGCACCAGCCUCAAGUCCCUCCCCCUGCAGUCUCCGAUCAAAGACUUAGCCUCACCUUCUACACCCCAACUCCAUCCCCAGAUCCCUCCCAGGGUGAACAUCGACAUCAAGAGACAGAACCUGAUGAGGGAUGAAGGGCUGAAACUUGUCCAUCAAAUACGAGAGGGAGAGAAAAAUGGAGUGGGCCCAGAGGAGGUCUACGCAGCCCUUUGCGUUUCCGGAGGCAGCAACGUCAACCCCUGCGAUUGGCUGAAAUCAGAGCUGCCCCACCUACUGGAGGAGAUCUGUGCCAUGGCGGCUUCGGCUGCUUUGCAGAACUACAAAGCAGGGGUUUCUGGGCCGCAGGAUAACACCGAGCGGGAUGGAGGUUCGACAGAGCAGCAGAGUCCCAGUGUGCUGCUGGGUGAGGGGGUGCGGCUGUCCAGGGUUGAGGCCAAGCAGGCAUGGCUGGCAGCAGGAGGCGACACUGAGAGAGCAGUCCGUCAGCUGCUCAGAGACAGAGAGGUCAAGAUGCGCGAGCUGCGUUCUCUGGGUUUCCGGGAGGCGUCCCAGUGUGAGGAGGCUCUGCGUCUGAGUGGAGGAGAGGUGCAGGGGGCUCUGUCCGUGCUGCAGCGGCCCCUCCUGGAGCCCUUCCACCAGCGCAUCUGGAGCGACCAGCCAGUGGCCCCUAUCGAUGCAAAGAGCCCCGACAAACAGCGGAUGUGCAGGCGCCUGCUGGCGUUGUACGAGCUGCCCAGCUGGGGGCGCUGUGAGCUGGCCCUGUCUCUACUCCAGGAGCCUGAUGCCCAGUACUCCCUGGAGGACGUCAUCCAGGCUGUCAAGGAGUCCCAGGACAGGGAGUUCCUCCGCCGCCUCCUCAACAAGGAGUGUCCCUGCUGCCUCGGCAUCUUCCCCCACAGCAAGAUGCAGUCCCUGACCUCGUGUCAGUGCUCGGUGUGCCACGACUGUUUCACGCAGCACUUCACCAUCGCUGUGAGAGACAAACACAUCAGAGACAUGGUGUGUCCCGUGUGCGCAGGACCAGACAUCAACGACCCCGAGCACCUGGACAGCUACUUCUCCACCCUGGACAUCCAGCUGCGAGACUGUCUGGAUCGUGAGGUGUACGAGCUCUUCCACAAGAAGCUGACCGAGCAUGCUCUGAUGAAAGACCCCAUGUUCCUGUGGUGUUGUCACUGCACCUUUGGGUUUAUCUAUGAUGGAAACCAGUUCAAAGUCACCUGUCCCACGUGUAUGAAGAGCUUUUGCAACCAAUGCAAAAAGCCUUGGGAAGCUCAGCACCAGGAUGUAUCCUGUGAGCAGUUCCAGUUGUGGAAGAGAGAGAACGACCCUGACUACCAGAGACAGGGGCUGGCCGGGUUCCUGCGGGACAACGGCAUCACCUGUCCUCACUGCAGGUUCCAGUAUGCCUUGACCAAAGGGGGCUGCAUGCACUUCAGCUGCUCCCAAUGCAGAUACCAGUUCUGCAGCGGCUGCAACAAUCCCUUCCACACUACGGCGUGUAAGACAAUCCAGUGUAAAAUCACAGGUCUCCAUGCUCAUCACCCACGAGACUGUCUCUUCUACCUCAGGGACUGGGAGCCUGUCAGACUACAGGCCCUGCUGCAGAGGAAUGCUGUUGUGUUCAACACAGACCCCCCUAAUGGGACUCAGACUGACGCAUGUGGAGUGAUGGAGCAGAAGGAUGAGGGAGGUCAGCAGAUUGACUCACCCUGUGGAGUCCAAACUCAGCCAGGAGAAGCUGGACUCUGCGAUAAACACUACAGAGAGUACCUGGUUAGUCUCAUUAACGGACACACCCUGGAUCCCGCUCUUGUCUAUGACCAACAAGAGGUGACAGUUGCCUGCAGGAGGUACCAGGUGGAGGAGCAACAAGGGGAGGGGGAGGACGACCGGGUGUACCAGGAUCGACUGCUGAAGAAACUGAUGGAAGUUCCACUUGGAGAAAGGGUUCCUCAGAUGAGAUGAAAACUGGUUAAUAAAAUAUUUUAAAUCAUUCUAAGGAAAGUACAGGUAUCCUAUUUGCAAACAGCAUGAAGUGAAGGAGUCAGGUUUCAAACCUCCCACCACAUAGCAUUACCAACCAACCAACCAACCUGCUAUAUUACAUCUCAUUGAAGUUUAACAUGUUUUGUUCUUCACAUGCUUCAUUAGAUUUAUGACAUCUACAGUUACCAGUAUCAAAAUUCCUCUCUGUAAGGAUACAGUUGCAAAGACAGGCUAAUCAACAACUGUCUUUCUUGUUUAUUUUUUAUUAAAGAUAUAAAAUAUAUUUUCAAUAUGUCACUAAACAAUUUAAGAAAUAAUCAGAAGGUGUUUGUCAACUUAAACAUGACAGUCUAUAUUGUGAGAUAUUUUCAAAGUGUAAAUGCAGGGUAUACCAUGUAAUAAAUAGGCUACUCAUGCAAUAAAGUAUUUUAUUGAUUUGAAAAUGA